GCAGCGAUUCGUCCAGGGAAUUUUCACCAUUUUAGUGAGCCGUAAGAACGUGACAGCUCGGAAAUGAAGCUAUUUUGCGUUGUUUUGGUUAUUUACGUUGUGGCUCUGACCCUCUUUGGAGUCGACGGACGUGGCGGGGGCACCACAAACGGAGUGGAGGAGCCGAAGUUCGCCGGGAUGCUCAGGCGGGCUCGUCGUUAUGCCUUGGAUGAACACCUGGUAGCCAAUGAUGCCCCGCCACCACCAGAACAUUUCAGGCAUCGUCGACAGGUUCCUCCUGGUAUGCCGCCCCCACCAGACGGUCUUCCAGCACCACCCCAGUUCCUUGUCCUCUAAAGAUAUCUCUGUGUAUAGCAUAAGGUUGGGCGCUUGUGCAUGUAAAAGGGAACCACAUCGAAGCUAAUAAAACUAGUUUGAAGCAUUCCAAAAAUUACAAA